AAACUAAACACGAAAAAAAAAAGGUAAAUUGGAAUGAAUCUCAUUGUUUAGCCAUAACUUCGCAGGGUUCAACUCUUUGAACAAAAACGAAUUUGAAUUGCGAAUCAUAACAACAAUGUCAUUAAGGCGACUAUACUCUCAAUUCCAUGACGAUCUCGUUUCCUCAUUCAAUUUCUUGCUCAGUCAGAAUCCUACCCCAUCCACCAUCAUCCAAUUUGCCAAGAUUUUAGGUUCCCUUGUCAAGGCCAAACAUUACUCCACCGCUGUUUCACUCUAUCGACAGUUGGAAUUAAACAGAGGAAUUAAGUCUGACUUAGUCACUUUAAACAUCUGGAUCAAUUGCUUUUCUCAAUUGGGUCAUAACUCUCUUUCCUUUUCUAUAUUUGCUAACAUUCUCAAGAAAGGUUACCAGCCAGAUGCCAUAACUUUGACUACAAUCAUUAAAGGUCUUUGUCUCAAAGGUGAGCUCCAUGAAGCAUUGCACUUUCAUGACAAGGUGGUAGCGCAGGGAUUUCAUUUGGACCAAGUUUGUUAUGGCACCUUGAUUAAUGGCUUAUGUAAAGUUGGAAAAACAAGAGAAGCCUUGCAAUUGCUGAGACAAGUUGAUGGGAAGUUGGUUCAACCUAAUGUGGUAAUGUACAAUACAAUCAUUGAUAGUAUGUGCAAAGGUAAACUUAUUAAUGAAGCUUUUGAUUUAUAUUCUAAAAUGGUUGCUAAGAGAAUCUCUUCUGAUGUUUUUACUUAUAAUUCAUUAAUCUAUGGGUUUUGCGUUGUGGGUGAAUUAAAAGAUGCAAUUGGUUUGUUCAAUAAAAUGAUAUUGGAAAACAUCAACCCUAAUGUGCAUACCUUUAAUAUUUUGGUUGAUGCUUUUUGUAAGGAAGGAAAGCUGAAAGAAGCUAAAAAUGUGAUAGCUGCGAUGAUGAAAAAAAGCAUCAAGCCUAAUGAUUUUACUUUUAUCUCUUUAAUGGAUGGAUAUUGUUUGGUAAAUGAUGUAUGCAAGGCCAAUGAUAUAUUUAAUAGUAUGGCCCAAAUGGGAGUGGUUUCUAAUGUUUACAGCUACACCAUCAUGAUUAAUGGAUUUUGUAAGAUUAAAAUGGUUGAGAAAGCCGUGAAUCUCUUUCAAGAAAUGCAUCACAAAAAUAUCAUUCCUGAUACAAUAACCUACAGUUCUCUCAUUGAUGGUUUGUGCAAAUUUGGGAGAAUAUCAUAUGCUUUAGAGCUUGUCGAAGAGAUGCAUGAUAGAUGUCAACCACCUAAUAUAAUUACGUACAAUUCUAUAUUGGAUGCUUUAUGCAAAAAUAAUCAUCUUGACAAGGCAAUUGUAUUAUUAAAAAAAAUUAAAGAGAAGGGUAUUCAAUUAGAUAUGUUCUCGUAUAAUAUUCUUAUCAAUGGAAUGUGCAAAGGCGGAAGACUAGAGGAUGCACAAAAAGUUUUUGAAGAUCUUUUGGUUAAAGGGUACACUCUUGACAUCUAUACUUAUAACACUAUGAUCAACGGGUUUUGCAAUAAGGGCUUGUUUGAUGAAGCAUUGACCAUGAUGUCACAAAUGGAAGACUACGGUUGCAUUCCAAAUGCUAUAACAUAUGAAAUACUUAUUCUUUCUCUCUUUAAAGAAAAUGAAAAUGACGAAGCAGAGAAGCUUCUUAGAGAAAUGAUUGCGAGAGGUCUAUUGUAAUGCCGAAAAUGUAAGAUGCUUUUCUACCUAUACAUUGUUAUUAUUUUGAGUUUAUGUUUCAGCUUUAUUCAUCAUUUCAUUUAUGUAGCUGCUUCACCGAAUUGGAAAAGGGAUUUUGUUAUUGUUGUUUCUUUUGAUAAGUGUAUUUAUACCUCACGGGCCGAUAGAUUGGUGAGGUCGAAAUUGACAAAAAUUGGUAGAAUAUUAUACUUGUUGUCUCAAGAAUGUUGUUGGGUUGAGUUUGUAACUAAGGGCUUGUUUCAAUUGAUUUAUUUGAGUUUAUCUACUGUCAUAAGUUUUGUGAGAUUGAUUGAGAGAAAUUUUCAUAAGCUUUUUCCAAGGAGGGGAUAUCUUCCCUAAGGAGCGUAUGCUCUGAUGAGGAGACAUUGGCUUUCGUAAAGGAUCCCAUAGGUUACUUUUUUUCAAUAGUUCUUUUGAUCCCUUAUCCAUCAAAUGAUGUACGCCAUUAUUUUUUAUAUAGGUUUAAAAGCGUGUUGAAAAUGAGGGUUGUCUGAACAUUCCCUGAUUUUAAUUUAAAAAUUUAAAAUGGAGAAAUAUCAUUUUCUGUUCCCCAGAGGAUCCUAAUAAAAAAAGGUGAUUUGGUAUGGCUUGUUUCAAACAUUGUUUAAGUAAUCAAAGGACAGUUAACAAUUCAUCAUUCUUUUUUCAGUCACCAUAUUACAAAUUUUAAUUGAAUGUCACAUAUGAAUGCAACUAGAAAGAAUGUUGCUCUAUAGAUAUAACUGUGUUUGCUGCAAAUUAAGCAAUAAUUGAAGCAAGCUAAGAAUGGCUUAGUGUGUUCGAAUGACUAAAUUAAAUUGUUGCAUAAUGUAUAACAAAGGUCCAAGUACAACUUCAUAAUCCACUUAAUGCGCAUUAGAGUGAAGUAUUGAUUAUAGAGAGCUAGAAAAGUCUUAAAAUGGUUCUGUCACCGGGAAUAUGGUUUAGAAUAUAGAAAUUGCAUGCUUUUGGGAAGCUUGAUUAUAUUUUCUGUAAAAUUGCUGAUUUUGAUGUUUAAUUUGAUUCUUGGAAAGAUUAUUUGGCAUGACUUAACUUAUGCUUAAAUGAAUUCAGUGUUUUGAUACAUCUGGUGUUGAGUCAUAAACAUAUUGUAGCAUGGUGUUAAGUCAUGCAUUCAUUGUGCUUAAAAUUGAAGAGCUUAAUGCAUGUUAGUCUGGUAAGAGAUAUGUAUGGACAUCAUUGUUUAGGAUGGACUUGGACAUUAUAAUAGGCAUACUAGCAAGUAUACUUUUAGAGGACAAUUGACUCUGCAUUUACCCACCUGCUCUUGCAGAUAGAGUAAUUUCCUAUAGCUCUAUGACGCUACAUGUCUUUUGUUGAUCAGACAAAGCACAACUUACCUAUCCAUAUACUUGGUAUUCAAAUAUGAUACUUCAUGAGUUUCAUUACUUAUAUUGUUGUUGAAUAUGUCAUCACUUCAUGUUAUGAUAGAACAAUGAAUGCUUUAUGGUAGGCAAGUGCUAAGUAUAGUGGGGAGGUUUCGACAUGCUUGUUCUUAAUGCUUAUCGGCCAAAUCCAAUUGACAUAUAUGUACUAUAUUAUGGUGUGGUUAGAAAGUAAACAAUAAAGUUUGUCCUGUUUUUUAGAUAUACCUUUCAAGUUCUAACUAUUCACUUAAGCAGCAUUUCCCAAUUCCCAUAUAUGAAUAAAUAGAAACAGAUACCAAGCAAGAUAAAGAAAACAUAAGAAGAAACAAAUAAAAGCUAACAAUCAACACAAAACUAACUAAAUUAGGGUGGACUAGCUUUAAGAAAUGGUCCCCAGUAGAGUCGUCAGCUAUUGUGGUGCCAAAAAUACCUAAGCGUAUCACACGCUCGAAAUACAACAGAGUCACGAAAUUUUAUUUAUUCCAAAAGAAAAGGAAAAAUGUCGAUAAAACCUGCGAAAGAAAAGAAAAUGGUUGUCACAAUCAAACUAGGGUUCGGGAGUCGGUUAUGCAAGAGGAAUGUAUUAGCACCCCUCACAUUUGUUGUACUCAAUGAGAUUCAUUUAGUUAGUUUUGCGAAAGAGAUGUCUGCUUAUGUUUAUUUGCGAUCUUCUACUUAUUAAGCGAGAAAAGAAAGAAAGAUAAUGAUUUUGGAUUUUUUAUUAUUGUGCCUGACAAGAUUUCAAAAUCCUGCUCCUACGUAUCUGCAGGUGCGAUGGAGAACUCAAGGCUACGUAGUUAUAGGUAGCAAAUGUUUCUGGGUUGGUUCAUUUUAGCGAAAGAUUCUCAAGUCGCAUUUGAACGGAAAACAUUGUUGCCCAAAACAUGGAUAAUUUGAACAUUUACAUCACUUCAAGAAUGAAUGACUGAAUCUGGAUCAACACAGAUUCUUGCCAUCAUCACAUUCAAACGGAAAAUAUUUGAUAUUCAAAUAUGGAAGUGUUGUUUGCAACGUCGCGGAAUGGACGGAGCGUAUGUUGUUUAUGAAAAGGUUUUGAACUUGAAAACCAAAAGGCAAAAGAUUUAAAUGCGUUGAGAUUGAUUUUAAGUGGAUAUAAGUAUAAGAACAGAGAGUUCUACAACAAUAUUCAAAUACUUAGGAAAGGAAAAGGCAUACGCAUAAUCACUCUCUUUUUCAUUCAAAGUUAUUAUGAAAAGUGUGAAGCGACUAUAGUCAUUGUUCCUUAACGAAAGACAAUCAUUCACAGAGUGAGCUCUACAACAAUAUUCAAAUGCUCGGGGAAGAAAGAUGUUUACACCCAAUCGAUCAUUUUUCGCUUCACAAAGUAACAAGCUAAAUUCGUUUAAUUUUUUUGUGUUUUAUUAGGAAGACAAUUACCCAAACAGUGACCUCUACAACAAUAUUCAAGUAUUUGAAGAAGGAAGACGCCUACGCUCAAUCACUUCCUUUUUCAUUUCCAUUUAUUGAGAAUCGAAAGAAGUACUUGAUAUUGAAUCAAGCAUUCACAUUGCAAUUGAUUUAAUUUGAAUGAA